UUAGUCUUUGUUUUUCUGGGUCUUGUCAUGAUGAAUAACACAUCACUAGUGUCAACAUUCACAACAGUUUAGUUUUUGACCAGCGCCUUGAAUGUUUAACAUUUAGAAGACGGGGAAACAACUCGAUAAUUAGUGUGCAGGAAGAUCAAAUCAAACAGCAGAAAAAAAUUUACAGAAUUACAGGAACGAAAAAACCUAAAUUACAAGGAAACAUUGUGACCCUGGGAUGUGUUGCUGAAUUUCAUGCAAGCUUGUUUUUGCACUUUUGUAUGUGUUACAAUUAUGCCAACAUGGUGUUGCUAUAAAUACAAGUUAACAAGUGACUCUGUCGUAGAAGUUUGUUCAGGGAAGUUGAUUGUGGAAGUUACUGUUGAUAAAUAUGUUUACGGCAAUAUUAUAAAUGUGGAACAAAUAUGUCUUUAAAAGUUGACUAUUAACUUCCGCUAAUUGUGUGUUCAUGGUUUUACAUUGAGAAUUAUACACUACACAGUUAAGCAUGCCUUUCAAGAUUGGCAAGAAGCGACCUUCAGGGUCUUCCUCAUCCGACACGGCCCCAGCUAUGAAUAUUGGGCCCCCCACUGCAGUCAAACACAACUUUCACGUAGGUUUUAACGCAGCAACCGGAGAUUUUGAGGGGCUCCCACCAGCAUGGAAUGCUUUACUUCAGUCCUCCAAUAUAUCGAAGGCUGACCAGGCAGCCAAUCCAGAGGCUGUGAUUAAUUCACUGCGGACUUUCACCAAAUCAGUCAAGAAAAAACCAGGAGUGGGCAAGUUUAUGCAAAUCCAGGAAUCUGUGGCAGAGUCUGAUGACGAACUAGAUUAUAGCGACGAAGAGAAACGCAGCAGUAAAAAAUCCAAUGAAGAGCAACCCCCCGCCCCUCAUACGGUCGAGUCACCAGUGUUUGAGAGGACACCCUCAGAUUCUGAACAUAAAGGUGAUAUAGUGGAUGGAGUUAAGAAUGUUACCCUUGACAACAACGAAAAAGAACAUGAACCUGAAGUCAUCACACGGCGACCUAAGUCUCAGAAGAAAAACAUGUCUGAUGAAGAGAUCAACGAAGGCCUGCGAGCACUUGCUUCACCUGGGGAUCCCACUGCAAAGUACACCAUCUCAAAGAAGCUUGGGGCAGGAGCAUCUGGUUGUGUGUAUAGUGCGAAACCUAAAGAUCAUGAUGCAGUGGUAGCCAUUAAAUCUAUGGAUCUAACCAACCAGCCGAAGAAGGAGCUCCUUAUAACAGAAAUUGAGGUGAUGAAAACCUACCGACAUCAAAACAUAGUCAACUUCCUGGAUUGUUACUUCCUGUCUGAGAAAAAUGAAUUAUGGGUAGUAAUGGAAUACCUUGAUGGUGGUGCACUGACUGACGUUGUUACGGAAACCAUAAUGAAUGAAGGACAAAUAGCAGCUGUAACCCGGGAGUGCCUACAAGCUUUGAACUAUUUGCACUCUAAGGGUAUUAUACAUAGGGAUAUUAAAAGUGACAAUGUUUUACUAGGAAUGAAUGGGUCAGUCAAACUAACUGACUUUGGCUUUUGUGCUCAGCUAAGUGGAGAUAACUCAAAGCGACAGACAAUGGUAGGAACGCCAUAUUGGAUGGCUCCCGAGGUCGUAUCCAGGAAGCACUAUGGUAAGAAGGUGGAUGUUUGGUCAAUGGGAAUCAUGAUAAUAGAAAUGUUGGAGGGAGAACCCCCCUAUCUGAACGAAACCCCACUGAAGGCUAUUUAUAGAAUAGCAACCAAGGGGAAACCCGAAAUUAAGAAUUUUGAGAAGCUGUCCAAAUUACUUCAGCAAUUCAUCGACCGGACGCUGGAAGUGGAUGUGGAGACGAGAGCCGAUACCGAUGAACUCCUUCUGCAUGACUUCCUUAAAUGUGCGAAAGACCUUAAAACUCUCCGACCCCUAAUUGUAGCUGCUAAGCAAGCUACAGGGCACUAGUUUGCAAAUGUACAUAGAUUUUGUAAUUUUGACACCAUGCAUGGGAGGACUUUCUGUACACAAAUGAGCACAUGCAAAAUUUUCUCUGUGUGUCUGCAGUUGUGAAAAUAUUUUUUCAUUUGAUUUGAAAGAACUGAAAACUGUUUUCAUAUUAAGACCAUGAAUUAAGCAUUUUUAGUUUUCUUAAUCUUUAAUGCAGGUGUAGAUUUCAGUGUAAGUUUUACCUCACUUAGCAGAUACUAGUAUAUAAAGUAAAGCAAUAAUUUGUGUCAUUUGUAGACAUAACUUUUCAACAACUCCACUUAAGUGAUUUAAUUUGAAUUUAUGUCUGCCCAAUUCAUUUUAAUUUUGGCAUCUCUGUUGUUACAAUCAGUGUGUAAGAGAAGUUUUGAGUUGUCUUUCAUUGUUCCACAUAAUUCAUUUUUCACUUUUUCUGUGUGUUCUUCAACUUUUAGGCUUGCAGACUGUAAGCCCAAAACUUCUUUAAACUUUCUUCACAAAUGACAGUCAUAAUAUAUAAUUGGAUGUGUAAAAAGCAUGUCCUCCUUGUAUUGUACAUGUAAAGAUGAGGUUAAAUAUAUUGAUCUCAUUUUUCUGAAAUUUUAUAUAUUUUUCUAGAAUGGAUUUAUGAAUCUGUGUGACAUUCUGACAAAAACAUUCUAAAGGAUACAUUUGCGGCUGUCCAAGCUAAAUAUGAGAAAGAAUUUAUAAUUCUUUCCAUUUUAUAAUUUACUUCUACAUUCCUGUAAUAUUUCAUACAGCGAAUACUUGGUACUUGGGAUGGCGAGAUUUAAGAAAACGUCUGUAUGAAUGUGUGUGUGCUUGCAUAUAUAUAUAUAAGGUGUUAGUCUGCAUCACAUGAUGAUCAUGUGACCUGUUUGUAUUGCUUUGCUGUUUAUCAGUUUAUCAGAAUUAUGUUAUAUAUAAUACUACAUUCCAUUUGUAUAUUGUUGAUUUAUAUACAUAUUUUUUUUUUACUGAUUGCAUUUUCCUACUUAAUUAUUAUGUAUAUUAAAAUUUCUGUCACAAUCUUUCCAGUAUGUAUUCCUGAUUAAUAAGUGACCUUUUUUUAAUAAUAAAUGUAUAUUUUAAUUUUAUUUUUAAAGGUAGAAUUUAGAGUAAUACCUCAGUAGGAAUUUAUACUGUUACAUGUAGAUCAAUCACUGUGUGUGCUGGUCACCUUGCCCAAGUUAUAUUUUUUUGGACUGUAUUUUAAGAUCAUUGUACACUUAUCAAUACUUAAUUUUUUUUGGAAAAGUUGGUUAGUUACAUUAACCGAACUUAUAAAAUUAUUAUGUAAAAAUCUGUACAUUGUUACGAAGGGAAACCUAUGCUGCUCCAAAAUCAUUACGAAAAGGAAAUUCAUCAUUUAAAUCUGAACAACAGCUGGGAUAUUCCGGUUCAUUGUAAAUGUAAACUUGAUCCAUUAAUGUAUAAUGUGUUAGGUACUUAUUUGUUGCUACAUAAUGAAGUAUUAUGAUGAACAGGAAAUAAAUGUUUCAUGCCACA